AUGACGAGCCCUCGUUUCUAUGUCAUUGCUCAAAUCGACGGCGCGGAUGGGUCCAUGGCGAAGUGGAAAGAAAGACUUGUACCUCUGUGUGCUGUGUCGCGGACGGAGGCUCAUGGAUCCUCGUAUUACUGGGGACAAGACCUUGACGGCGCGCCCGACAGCCUCUGGGGUCUCGAAGGCUACACGCACGCGGUCGGAUUCUUUCUCGGCCAUCCCUCCUCGGACAUUUUCCAACGCGAGAUGGCGCUGAUCGACCAAGAUCGACUGCUGCGGACCGUUCAAGGCUCCAACAGUCCCGACUAUCAUCUCCAUCAUUACGACCAGGAAGGAGGCUGGUUGAAGCGGCCAGACGACGCGGAGAGGGACUCCAAAACAAGCCAUGUGGUCGUGCUCCACUACUGGGCGAAACCGGGCUCACGUCGCCGCCUGUUGCAGAGACUGGUGGACUUUGCGGAGGCGGAGGAGAAGAGGUCGUCGACCGUCCAAAGCUGUCUCGUGCUGCGGGAGUUGCUCGACUUUGACAUGGCGACCUUGUGGUUAAGAACAAAAGAUGCAGAGGGCUGGAAAAGCCUCCAAGCUUCCGAGGGUUACAAGACUCUCCAGGCCGAUUUAAACCACGACAUCAUUGUCCGAACCGAAGUCCAUCAAUCGCAGUCUUUCAAUGGCCACCUGGAAAAGGAGAAGGAUAUCUAG